AAAUAAAGGCACUUAUUUGGACAAUAGUGGCCACAGUGUGUUUAUUUCAAUAUUAUUUUACUAACUGCUCAGUAUAUAUACAGUACACAGAAAGUCAAUCAUUUAGCCAUACAGCAUACAAUUUCAUGUCUUGCAGACAGUCUUGUAGAUUAAUAUCACUCACAUCAGGUGAUUGUCUAAGACGCAACCUGAAGUAAAAAGAAGUCAUCAUCAUCACUACUGUACAUUAAAAAUGCACGGUCAGGUAUACCCCACAAUGUCUUCACAGACCAGCAGUGGGCUCCGGACCACUGGUUAAAAUCUGCGACUUAUAUGACCAAAGUCUCAUAUUUAUUGUAAACACAUUCACCUUCAUGCUCUUCUUUCCUCUUGUGAUCCAUUCAUUGAGGAUUCAACCAGGGAGAGGUUGAACAUUAACACUGUGACCAGCAAAAGAGUUCAAUGCUUAUGCAAUAAGGGCACACCAGUGUGAAAACAAGAAGACAGUUACAGCCAAAGACCUAGGAGAGGACUGACGCGGAGAAUGGUUGGUUUUCUACACAGUGAUUAGUGGCCUUUAUGCAAGCAGCAGUCCAGAUGACUCUAGUGUUUGUUUACGGGACGCUAAAGAAGGGCCAGCCUAACUACUUCAGAAUGUUGGACCCUGCCAAUGGGAAGGCUUCCUUCCGUGGUCGAGCCAGCACCGUUGACAAGUUCCCUCUGGUGAUCGCUGAGAAAGGCAACGUCCCGUUCCUCUUGAACAUCCCUGGACAAGGCCACCACAUCCAGGGGGAGGUCUACUCUGUUGACGACCAGAUGCUGGCGUUCCUGGACCAUUUUGAACGCACCCCUGACAUGUAUCAACGCACCCUGGUAAAGCUGAAGGUGGAGGAGUGGGCGGCAGACACUGGGGCAGUGCGAAGCACAGGGAGCACAAUGGAGGCUUUCACUUACAGCACCACCGCCUACAAGCCGGAGUGGGUGACAUUGCAGAGUUAUGAGAACUAUGACUCCUAUGGUGAUCAUGGUUUAGUGUUUACCACUCACCUUUAGGAAGUGUUAAUUAGCUUUGUGUGAUUAGUUUUAACUGAAACCUGUAGUCACAACAUUGAGACUUCCUGUGGCGUUGUAUUCUACACUACAGCGGUGUCUUUUGUACCACAGGUUAGCUUGAAUGAUCACUGCAUCUUCCUUGGGUGAAGAAAUUUGAAAAGACAAAAAUUCAGAAAGUUUCAGAAAGUAGUUUUUAAUACUAUUCCUGUCGAUCACCCUGUUCAUAAGGGCUUGCUGUUACUACUCCUGCUCCGUUUUAAGAUUUGGAUGGGACAGGGACAAUUCUGUUAUAUUGAAUCAAUCCAUAAACCAGGUAUCCGUACAGUCAUUUGAGUAUAACUACAUGUUCUGCUUUCUUGAAUAGGUAGGAGUGCUAAUAAUUAAAUAAGAAAACCAAUACAGAUACAGGCUAAGAGUGUUUUGUUGUGAUUGUUCUGUGCCCACUUGAUUAUGAGAGCAUAAAAAUACUCAAAUGCAAAUGAUUUUAAUAUGUUGUAAUAAAGUAAUAAGUACAAACU